CUACACCGGAAUGGAGCCGUGUGCUGUCGGGUCCAUUGUCGAAGUUUUGGUGAACUCAAACGGAGCACGCAGCGGCCUCAUCGAAGUGAUAGCUUCAUCUCCAACUGGCCGGCAACUGGACUGCCCCGUGCACGAGCAGGAUGGUGUGUACUCGGCCACUUUCCAACCAGACGAGCCAGGGGAGUGGAGUAUAGCUGUCAGGCAUAGUGGAGAGCUCAUACAGGGUGGACCGUUCACAUGUUUUGUCUUCGAUCCUAAUGGUGUCAAGCUGCUGGGCAUAGAAACCCCAGCCAUACCAGAGAGUAUCUUCAACUUCGACAUAGAUGCUCGAGGCACUGGGGGUUUGGGUCAAAUAGUAGUGGACAUAGUACAAGACAGGCACUCUCUCCCUCAUACCAUUGAAAGGAUAGGAGAUGCCCUCUACCAUGUCUCACUACACACACACAGACCCGGAAAAUACAGGAUUUACGUGUAUUUCAACGGCAAUCCUGUCAAAGGAAGCCCAUUCCCGUUGAGAGUGGUACGAGGGAACAAAUCAAAGCAGAACGUCUGAGUGAAAAAUACAGCAGUGAUCGCCAUACUGAACGUGUCAUAUCUAACAACUACCACAACUCAGUGACUCGAGUCACCUCGCCUCUGCUGGAUCGAGUCAGUUCGCCAGUGAACUUGACUCGAGUCAGCUCUCCAGUCAACUUGACUCGAGUCACCUCGCCGUUGCUCGACCGAGUCAACUCACCAGUCAACCUGACUCGAGUCAACUCGUCGAGUCCGCUCGGUUCGCCUCUCCGCUCGCCGACCUAUCGUCACUCUCCAGUGAACGGGCAUUACAGGGGUACCUCACCCCUACAUUCCCCAGCUCGCCUUGGGGUUUCACAACCCCAACACUAGUAUCGAUACGUCGUCUAAUGUUAGAGUGUCGACAAUGUUGUCGAAUCUCAGUCAAAGGCGAGAUUCGUGGGAUGCACUUGUUAAAACACAAACAACUGUCAACGAAAUCGAUGCAGAAGUGAGUGGAGAUGCUCUCCAUCUCAUUCCAGUGCGUAGGUCUGCCUCUUUCUACAUCAAUUCUGACGCUCCGUUGAGUCAAGUUACUGUCACCGUUACAUCUCCUUCCAAGAUUUCGUUACCAGUGAAGUUGACAAAGACAGGCAAACAGAUACUCGUCUACUUCACAGCCUCUGAGAUCGGAGAGCAUGUCAUCGAUAUAAAGAUCAAUGAUAUGAGAGUUCAUGGAGCUCCU